UUUUCCUGGAUUAGUAGUUGUAGUUCUUCCUGCUCCAUGACUUGCAGGACGGAGAUGACGGAAGGUGUCGGGGAUCCAUCUGCUGUCACAAUGCACGAUGUACAGCAGCUGAUCGCUAAGAAGGAUGAGCUGGAAGCUCAGAUAAAGGCCUACUAUGAGGUCCUGGAAGAUCAAAAGUGUAUUGGAAUGGAUGGACCACUGGUGGACAUUGAGGGUUACCCAAGGACAGAUGUAGACCUCUACCAAAUUCGAACAGCACGGCAUAACAUUGUCUGUUUGCAAAAUGAUCAUAAAACCAUCAUGAAAGAGAUUGAAGAGGCCUUGCACAACUUGCAUGCACGGGACAAAGAAAAAAGAGUGAAAGAUGAAGCAGAGGCCCAGGCUGAAGCUCUACAGCAAAACCUUGAUCUUCCUGUGCCAUUUGCUAAAGUCGACACUGUGACUCCAGGAUCUCCAGCUAGCAUGUCUGGACUACAGGUUGGAGAUGAAAUUACAGCAUUUGGUUCAGUAAACUCGAAAAACUUCCAGAAUUUACAGAAUAUUGCCACUGUAGUUCAGCACAGCGAGGGGAGACCCUUAAGUGUGACAGUAAUUCGGGAUGGAAAGUCUGUUCAUUUAGGAUUAACCCCACAGCGAUGGAGUGGAAAAGGACUUUUAGGGUGCAACAUCAUUCCAAUUAAAAGAUAAUCUCACUUCAAGUAUUUGGACCGCAAAUUGAGGUUUUGCAAGAAAAUACAUUUUCAAAAGUUUUUCUAGUGUGGAAGUUGAACUGGUGUGAAGAUAACCCCUGGAUUUGGAGUUCAUUUGUAUGUGUUUAUUUUGUAGGUGCUAAAUAAAAUUUGGCUUCUUUAUUA